AGUCCAUGUUUUUCUCCGGGCGACACCGACGAACGCUCACCAUGACCCGCGCUGCCCUGGUGUUGGGUCUUGUGGCGGCUGCCGCUGGCAGCUGCUUCCUGAUGCCCUCCGCGCCGGGUGCUCACGCAGCGCCCAGGCGGGCGCAGGCUGAGCAGUUGCGGCAGGAACGUGUGGAGAGCAGCAACAGCUGGGCUGCCCCUCUCCUGAGCCUGGGCGCUGCGCUGGGACUGGUCUUCAGCGUCGUGGCCGCGCCAGCCAAGGCGAUCACCGCUGAGCAGUUCAGCCAGCUGACCUACAAUCAGGUGCGCGGGUCCGGCCUGGCAAACCGCUGCCCCACCGUAGAGUCCAACGGCAGCGAGGUCCCUGUGAAGGCUGGUUCCAAGCUGAUCAACGUUUGCUUCGAGCCCAAGUCCUUCGCUGUGGAGAUCGACACUGACAAUGGCAAGGAGUUUGCCACCACCAAGUUGACCACCAGACAGACCUACACUUUGGCCUUCGUUGAGGGCAACUUGGAUCCCAACCCCAUCACCUUCAAGGAGCAGGACGGCAUGGACUUUGCGGCCACCACUGUGAAGCUGCCGGAUGGCGAAUAUGUGCCCUUCCUAUUUACCGUCAAGGAGUUGGUGGCCAAAGGUGAGGGCAGCUCCUUUAAGCCUGGCUUCACCUGGGGCGGUGAGUUCAGCGUGCCCUCCUACCGCACUGGUGGUUUCCUUGACCCUAAGGCCCGUGGUAUGAACUUGGGCUACGAUCAGGUCGUGGGGCUUCCAGCCAUGCAGGCGGAUGGCAAGAGUGGUCAGGAUGAGAUCUUCAAGGAGACCAACAAGGUCUUCGACGUGGGACGCGGCGCCAUUGAGAUGGAGGUGAACAAGGUGAACCAGGAGCUCGGUGAGAUUGGCGGUGUCUUCGUGUCCAAGCAGCCCAGCGACACCGACAUGGGCGCCAAAGAGCCUAAGACAGUGCUGUUGAAGGGCAUCUUCUAUGGCAAGGUCGUAAAUGCCUGAGCCGCGCGGCGCGCCACGAACGGUCGUGAGUGUCACUGGGUUUUUGAGAUGGGACCGUGCCCGGACGCCCAUAAAAGGCGGCCGUGCGGCGCUGGUGAGUUCGGGGAGCGCAGACUGCGCAUACAAGACGAUCAGAAUAGGAAAGGUUAGUGGAAUCCGGGCACUUUUCUCCAGGUGCGGCAAUGAUCGA